GGAACCGCCGAUCCACAGUGGAGUUUCGUACCAUACGCGUGGUAUUUUUCUAUUCUUUCUUUCUCCAAACACGAAGAACUCAAAAAGAGAGAGACGGUGGAGUUUGGUAACUGGGGAGCUACGAUGGCUACGCAGUCAGUUCUUUCCUCGUCACCGAGAAUCGCACCUCCAUGUUCCUCCUCGCCGACCAAAAUAACAUCAGCUGCUCCUCUGCUUCUGACCUCUCGCUCUCGUUCUCUCUCCCUCUCCUUCCCGCUCCGCGCCACUGUACCUGGUAACCUGGCUUUCAGAGUCAGCUCCGCCCCCUCUAGAAUCUCCACCAUCCGUUGCGCUUUGUCUCCUGACUUGAAGAAUACGCUGGAUAAAGUUGUUACAUCGCAGAAAGUUGUUCUUUUUAUGAAGGGUACUAAAGAUUUCCCCCAAUGUGGAUUUUCAAACACUGUAGUGCAAAUAUUGAAUUCAUUAGAUGUACCUUAUGAAACAAUUAACAUUCUGGAGAAUGAAGUUCUGCGUCAAGGAUUGAAGGAGUAUUCUAGUUGGCCAACCUUUCCUCAACUUUAUAUAGAUGGAGAGUUCUUCGGUGGCUGUGAUAUAACUGUUGAGGCAUAUAAGAGCGGAGAAUUGCAAGAACUAUUGGAGAGAGCAAUGUGCUCAUGAAUCUCAAUUGUAGAAGACCUGAAGAUUGUUAUACUCAUUCACUUGCUUGAUACUCUUGGCUUUGUUGGGAUAAUGUGUUGUAUGACAACUUGAGUAUGUUCAUAUUGACACUGGAAACUAAAUUAUUCACCAUAUUUACCGGGCAUUUGCUUCAUAGCCGGGAAUUUACAUAUGUCGCUGUAGCCUGGAGGACUCCAACUGCCUGUGCUUUGGGGUUGUCUACUUCAGAGAUGCUGAAUGAAGCAAAUGGCAGUUAACGUGUAUAAGGUGGACUCUAUCCAAAGACUCUUAAAAUUGCAUUUCAAAGUGUACGAAUAAAACAAGUAACAAUUUGGUACA